GGUGCCGCAGUUGGUUCGGUCCGGGCGCCGACAAUAUGGCUACGGUGUUUAGGCCCCUGGAAAGGUUGCGGGCACCGCGUCCUUCGUUGCAUCCCGGGGUGACAGGCUCAGGCUCCGCCUGCGGCCGCUGCACUCUCGGAGCUAAAAGAUACCUACUCACAGACAGCAUUAUGAAAUUGAAGGAAUUCCAACAGAAGAAAGUGGCUAUUGCAUAUAACCUUCCCAGCACCAAAGCAGUCUAUUUCAGAAACUUGGAGGAGAAACUGACCCAGAACAAGCUCAUCCUGAAGGAAGAACUGAAAACCGUGCUCCACUUGUGCCAGUCCCGGGAAGAUGCGGAACUGGUGAAGAGUGUCAUUUACAGGUACCAUGCAGAGAACAGAAACUUCACUGUGGGAGAAUAUAAGUUUGGACCAGUUUUCAUGAGGUUGUGCUACGAGCUGGAUCUUGAGGACUCUGCAGUGGAGCUCAUAAAAGAUAAGUAAGAUAAUUCAGUGGAUAAAGGCAAUUUCCAUGCAAGCCCAGCAACCUUAGUUCAAUCUGUGGAUCCAUGCAAAUGUGGAAGGGGAGAACCAGGCCUACACGGUUGUCGUCCGACUUCCAUGCAAGCACCGUGGCACAUACAAGUGGUAAUAAUAAAUAAAUUGUAAAAACA